CCACCCACCGUUCUGUAAAAUCAAGGCCAAUCCCAAUGUAACUGCAAUCCCACAGGUAACCUUUCACCACUGGGCUUAUCCAGAAUUCUACCAAUGCCUGAAAAAUAAUCAAAGGCUCAACUACCACUGAGAAAGAAUUCCAAAGAUUCAUUGUUGUACGAGAAUUUCCCUGAACAGUCUGUGACCCCUAGCGCUGUAGCCAUAGCGCUAUGUGUAAAGCCCAUAGUGCUAUGUUUAAAGCCCAUAGCGCUCCAGCUGAUAACGCUAUUUUUAGAACCCAUAGCGCUAUAGCCGACAGCUCUUCGUUUAAAUUCCCACGCAUUAAACUGACAGCGCUCUGUUUAAACCUGGAGCAGGGCAGGCAGCGACUCUGGAGAGAAGGAAUGGGUGACAUUUCUGGUCGAGAGCCUUCUUCAGACAGAACUGAACUCCGUAUUUAAAAUCCGUAUUUAACAACACAAAAUCAUACAUCCAUAUUCUAAUCUCAUUUCCACACAAAAUACGGAAAAUCCCUACUACUUGGCAGCUCUGCAUUUUUUUUUUUUUUUUUUAGAAUAGAAUAGUUUCUUUAUUGUCAUUGUAACAUGAACCAUGUACAACAAAAUUCAAAAAUGUCAGCCAGUCAGUGCACCAUUCAAACAUUUCUAAAAGCUAACGAUGUUGUUUGAGAGAAUUUUCUAUGUGCAAAAUUGGUUGCCAAAUUUCCUACAUUUCAUCAAAAUUGCCUUUUAAGUCUGAAGCAUUUGCCAUCACAUGGCAAUAAAAAUAUAUUUUGAAGAGCUGGGCACUUCUGACUAACAUAGCCCAGCAGUCAAUACCUCUGAAGCCUGCUAUCUGGCCAUCACACUGUUGUUUGAGAGAACUUUUUAUGUGCAAAAUUGGUUGCCAAAUUUCCUACAUUUCAUCAAAAUUGCCUUUUAAGUCUGAAGCAUUUUAGGAGCUCAUAAAAUGCAAUAUAAAUUAAAUCAUUCUUGUCUACCUCUGUACUAACUUUCAACUAAAUACUUUAAAAUGUUAACACGCAGAAAACUUUAUCCUGAAUCGGUUUUAACAUACCACAUCCGGAGGAUGCAGAUGUAAAUUAAGCAUCAGCACAUUUACCCAAGAAAGGAAAUCCACAAACAUUACAACUUGAAGUGAAAGAGGAAUAGAUGUCAAUUAGGUUUAUCGUUUGGGCAUGAAGCUAAAUUCAGAGAUCAAUAUUAAAAGGACUGAUACCUUUGCAACCAUGUGACAACAUUUUAUUUGCACACUCUCUCAAGAAUAUCUCUGAAGAUUUUCUAAAUACAAAGAUUCAACCAAGUCACCCACUGAAAAUAUGGAAAUUACCCAUCUGCCAAUGAGCUACUGGCUAUCAGAAAAUGGAAGUAAAUUACUAAAAGGAAGGACAGAAGCCAAUGCAACUGAUGACCAUAACUGCAUCAUAGAUGAGGACUUUCUAAUGGUUCUUCUACCAAUAAUAUACUCCUUCAUUUUUUUAACAGGAUUGAUAAGCAAUAUUUUUGCAUUGUUAAUAUUUUUUUUCCUGAAAACCAAGAAAAACUCCAUUCAUGUCUAUCUGAUCAAUAUGGCUUUUGCAGACCUCCUCUUAAUUAUCUGCCUGCCUUUCAGAAUAGCACAUCAUGCAAAUCACAACCAAUGGAAGCUAGGAGCAUUGUUCUGCAAUAUCAUAGGCACUUUAUUUUACAUGAACAUGUACGUUAGCAUCACACUUUUGGGAUUAAUUAGUCUGGAUCGGUACUUAAAAAUAAUAAAGCCAUUGCAGCACUAUAAGUUACAAGAAGUCACCAGAAGCAGUAUGAUUUGCGGCACUCUCUGGUGUGUCUCCAUUCUGGCUUCGAUAAUAAUGAUUUUUAUGAACAAAUCAACUGAAGAACUGACUACCAAAUGCUUCCAUUAUAGAUCAAUAAAUACCGUAACAGCAAUUAUGAGUAUUCUCCUCGUCUUAGUUUUUUGGAUUGUAUUCUUUCUCCUCAUCUGGUCAUAUGCAAAGAUUGCAAAAAGGCUUUCCAAACUCAGUAAAGAAAAGCCUGGAUUCUCUAACAAGAAAAUGUUAAACAACGUUGUAACGAAAACAUUCAUUAUUCCCUUCAUUUUCACCAUAUGUUUUGCCCCAUUUCACAUCUUCCGUUUAUUUUAUGUUGCAUCUCAGCUCCGGAAAACAGAUUGUAACUGGAAAAACGUGGUAAAUAAAACCAAUGAAAUAACGCUUCUGUUUUCAGCUUUCAACAGUUGCCUGGAUCCAAUUAUGUAUUUUCUGCUUUCCAAAACUGUUAGAAGAACUGUAUUGAGCAUAAUUAGUGGAAAAUUUCAGAAAGAGUUAAGAAGUGAAACAUCAUAAAAGCUGUGAGGUUCCUUCAUCCUUGAUUCUCAUGGAGUAGCUUAAAAUAAGAGUGAUAUUUGUUAGUUGUAUUUAACCAAGAGCACAAGCAAAAGUGGUACGGAUUUUUGAAGCUAUUUGCAUAGUUCAGACUGAAAUACAUUUUUUAAAUUCCAAUACCAGCAAGUUGAAAGUGUGACUUUUUCAAGCAAGCUCUGUAAUACUAUAUCCUGAUUUCCUCUCUGAAAGAAGUUGGUGCUACGUAAGCAAGUUUGGAAUAUCAAAAAUGCCAGAGAGCACAGUAAUGGGUAAACUAUUCAUAACGGGAAGACCAUUCACAGCUUCGUCCAUAAUAAAGUGUCCUUGCCAGGAUUGGGACAACAUUUAAGCCAAGGAUGAUGUGGCAAGAAAUAUUCAUACCGUGUCACUUCAGGAGAACAAUCAUCUCAAACAAGAAAAAAAAAUCUAACCACCUCUGAAUGACAGUCAACAGUAUCAUCAUUAUUCUCAACUUUAAACCCAUUAUACCUCUCCAAGCUACUCAGGGGGAUAUUUACUAACCAGAAAUAUAAUUGAUCAACUAUAUAAAAUAUACUGGUUACAAGAUCAGACCAGUGGCCUGGUAUUUUGUGGUGAGUAACUCACCCAACUUCUCAUACAUGUUCACACCUACAAAUCGGAAAUGGAAUCAAGAUUAAUCAAUUUCCUCUUGCAAGGAUGAUUGCUAUAAAUGUCAGGAGCCAUCUAGGUUAAAUAAAUGUUCCUUAAGGACAUCUAUUCAUCAUAUGUUGUCAACUAUAGGUACACUAGCUGCAAUGUACAUCAUCUACAGAUCCAAUUGUGAAGAUCUCUGCAACAGCACUUUUCAAACCGAUGAGGUCGAAUAUUUACAAGAAUAGAAGGAAAAAGGCAUACAGGAAAUUCUGGUUCUCCUUUAAGUCACAAAUCAUUAUACGAAUUUCAAGAUCUCGAACAUCACAAGAACUGUCUGCAAACCACAUCUUCCACAUCAAAAAUGAGCAAUUUCAAUGAGAGACAAUUAAUGUGUAUAAUUAUUUCAAGGCAAACCCACAUACAGAAUUCUCAAUUUUUUUCAACUCGUGUUUUCCAGCACAUUUGCAGACGAUGCUAAAAAUUGCGAUAUGGCCCAUUUUCUUGGAACGAAACCCCCAUAACGCAAGGAUUGCCAGUAUCGUCUUGCCUGUGCAUUUACACUGAUAGAGAAUCAGAAUGCUGCACAUCCAAUGGCUAUUUUAAUGACAUUAAAAUAUCAAUAGAUGUUACAUUGUUUGAUAAAGUAUUUAAAAAGGAUUAUGAGAAGUGAGGUGCCUUGUCAUUUCCCAAAGUAGAUUUCUUAAGUGGCCUCUCGCAUCAACUGGCAAUUGUGUUUUCAACAGCAAUCUAAGUUUUUUUGGCCUUCCAUCACAGCGAUGUGAUGGAUGUUUAUGUAAAUUAUGUUGUGUCUUGGGUCUAUUUGUUUGUAAUGUAUGGCUGCAGAAACGUCAUUUCGUUUGGACCUCAAGGGGUCCAAAUGACAAAUAAAUUGAAUUGAAUUGAAUUGAUUAUUGUGGGGAGGUUAUAACAGCCAUUUUUAAAAAAUUGAAAGCUAGUUGCCUUUUGAAUUAACUAGCAAUUACACUUAUUCCAUAACUGCUGAAGAUGGUUGCUGUAACUAACAUUUGUGUCUUGAAAAAUGCUUUAAAAAUGUAUAAUUAGCAUAAAGUUAAACUUCCAUAUUUCAAGUCUUCUGAAACGUGGGGAGCCCUUCUAUUUGUGGAAGAAAUAGAUUAACCACACGUUUUGGUCUGCUCUGAAGGACAUAAAUCGCAGAAAGUUAAUAUUUGGGUGCAGCAAGCAAUUCGAAUAGCAGAAAUAUGUCGGUCUUUUUGCAGGCGUGAUAACUAACCAAUUAUAUAGUCCUGAUGAAAAGGCAUCGGAAUACAGUAUACAUGUAUCGUUUUUUUCCUUCCUUCUCCCCCCCCCCCCCCCCUCCAUCUGAAGAAGGGUUUUGGUCCAAAACGUCGCCUAUUUCCUUCGCUCCAUAGAUGCUGCUGCACCCGCUGAGUUUCUCGAGCAUUUUUGUGUACCUACACAUAUAGUCUCCCUGCUUGUAAGACAUACUUGAAAGAGAGAAAAGAAAAGUUCACCAGUUUGAUUCCUGGGUUAGUGGUUUUGUCUUAAGAGGAGAGACUUAGCAGACUAGAUCUUUAUACUUGGGUUUAGAAGAAUGAGGGGGUGAUUUCACUGAAAUAUAAAAUUCUUAACAGACUUAAGAUCUACAAAAAUGUUGUUGUUAGAGGGGUUUACCGUCAACUGACCAUGCUAUCUUUCAAAAGUGUUAUGGCCUGGCAGUGCCUAGCAAAAUAAACAAAACAUAAAUAUUUGCAGCAACCUAUGUUUUUAAGAUCUCCCAAGAGUUUUCCAAUUUUAAUGCCUACAGAUUUGUACCUGUUCUUGUUUCUUGCUUUUAAUUUGUCGAUGUUUUAUUAAUUGUGGCCUAGUUUAGAGAUACAGCGGGGAAACCGGCCCUUCAGCCCACCGUGUCCGCACCAACCACGAUCCCUGUACACCAACACCAUCCUACACACACUAGCGACAAUUUACAUUUAUACCAAGCCAAUUAACCUACAUACCUGUACGUCUUUGGUGUGGGGGAGGAACCGAAGAUCUCAGUGAAAACCCACGCGGUCAGGGGAAGAAUGUAUAAACUCCGUACAGACAGCAUAGUCGGGGUCAAACCCGGGUCUCCAGCGCUGCGAGCGCUGUAAGGCAGCAGCUCGACCGCUGCACCACCGUGGCUUAAUGGGUUGUGUCUUCAUAUCGCACUUUAGUUAGGAUAAUUAUCUAAGCAGAGGCUCCAAUAUAGCAAGGAGACACCAAACCAUCAGCAAUGCUACAAGAUGUUCAACUGCAGCUUGUCUGUGCAAGAUGAAUAUCCUAAAAGUACUAUUUAGAGGAGAAGCAAAGUUCAUUUCUGGCGCCGUGGUCAACGUUCCUCACUCAACAUCACUACACCCGAGUAGCUGGUCAUCACUGUUUGUGGGUGACGGUUGUUUGUAAUUAUGUUAUUAGAUGGCCAUAGAAUCAUGCAGCAUGGAAACAGGCCCUUUGAUCCAAUUUGUCCACACCGACCAAGAUGGUACAUCUACAUUAGUCCAACCUGCCCAGGUUUGGCCCACAUCCCUCCAAACAUUUCCUAUCCAUGUAUCCUGUUAGAUUGAGGAAGAUUUGCUUCCAUUCCGGUUUUAUGGGUUCUAAGAUAACUACAGCUUUGUCCAUAAAUGGGACAGCACCUGACAGGUGGGAUAACUACCUGGCCACCUGACAGGGUGGAUGGGCAGGCAAUUCUGCUGCUUUUGUUUAUCUGUGGCUUUUGUAUUCUUGAUACGUUGAGAGUUCAUCAAUAUCAUUCUCUACUUUGAAAUGUCACAGUCCAGGAAUUUCCCAAGAAUGCAUAGGGAUAUUGCACUUUA